CUUAGCAUAUGAAUCGCAUUAUGUUCUGUUUUGUUGUCCCCAUCUUCAGAUCUAAUCCAUAUUUGAGAGAGUCAUCAUUCAGCUUGGAUCGGAGCUGUCCGACGGCCAUAUCGAGUGACAAGACAAACGAUAAUCGAGCUUCGAUGCUUUUGAUGCGCAUUGUCAGGCACGGCACAAAGAGUCGAGUCGGUGAUUAAAAAUCAAUAUAAAUUCACUACAAAGGAGUCUCUGCUCUGAGCUGGCCACGCUUCUACAUCUCUAUAUAGAAACUAUUAUGCAAAUGAGCCCUAGAUGAGCGAAUAGCCCACCUCUUGUAAGGCGACCACUCAUAAAGUUGAUUUAUUCAGUUGUUUUAAAUCAAAUCUGCAUAAUUAUAAUGGCGUGAACACCCCAAAGAAGUCGCCCGGCCGUCUGUGCCAAAAAAACCCCAACUAUCUGGCUAUCUGGCUAUCUGUGGGAUCUCAGUCAUCAAGUCAGCUGAGAAAUGGCAGAGAUUGUCUUAGUAGGGGCUUGGCUUGGUAUAGGUAGUGGGAAUGGGAAUCUGUUGAUCGAUUAAACUGGAUUGCAAAAUAUAUAUUUAGUCGCUCACUGAAGGUGAUCUUCGAAGCGAUCUUCUAUGCAUAAAUCACGUGCCAGUGCCAGUGCCAGCCGCCGAAAACCGAAAAAUUAGUCGGAGGAACAGAGCAUGGAGAACGGAGGGAGAAUGUCUAUGACUGGGCCCCGAACGCUGCUCGGACGGCUAGAAAUUUAUGUAAAUGCAUGGAUGGAAAUGGAGAUGGCAAUGGAGACCCUGAACUUGAAACGAGUCGAUGGAGGAGAAUGGCGGACGCGGACCCACCAAAGCGGCUCGCCUGUGCUCAGUCUGUUGUUGAGCCAAACGGAGAGCGGUCGAAGAUCGUGCCGGAAUCGAAAGAUAAUUCAUAGGGAAAACAUGUACAAGUCGUGCUUUUGGUUGCUGCUCGUCUCAAUGCUGGCUGUGGUUGGAGCCGGCACUCAGAGUCGGGAGUAUUUGCCUCGCCGCCAGCCUCAACCGUACUUCUACUCGAUGCCAGCGCCAAGCACCAUGGCAGCACUACGGCGGAUUAUCCAAGGCCAUCUGCAACGCUUUCAGCAGGCGGACAGUCCGCAGUUCUCGCGGCGAGCCCUCAAUCAGCAGGCCAAAACGGAAGUGGGCUCCAAGAUGCAGUUGCUGGUCUACGUCCGCAUGCCCGCCGCCUCGGAGCACAUACUGGACUACGCCCUGCCACCGAAUACGCCGACACCAAAGAACUAUGCACAGAAUUUCCUGCCCGACGGCAAGGAUGUGGUACCCGGAAGCUCUUACAUACCGCUGCGAUUACUCUUGAUACGACGCUGAGUUGUUGUCGCGCUGUCGGCGGCGGCACCGUGUGUUGUUCAAACGAGUUCGGCAUCGGUAUCGGCUUCGGCUUCUGGGCUGUGGAAUGCCGUCGCGAAUCGCAGCGGAGGCAACCAGUAGAUGAGGCUAAUUUGUUUUAAUCUUGCUGGUUCUUAUAGUAGUAUACAUAUAACUUAACGAUAUUUUAAUUUUUUGUUUUAAGGCCAGUGCUGGCAUUUAAGUGCGACAAUCUAAUUUAAGCCAAAACACAACAUCCACGCGAUCCCCAUCCCUUCCCCUGCACCCACCUCAGCCAUGACUAUGAGUUACGACCCUAUCACAUCCAAUAAAGCCGAGUGAGCGACCUGCCGUCGUAAUAAUCUAUGAAAACAAAA